AUGGCGCCCGUGCUGUUUAACAUUUUCAUGUGGGCCGUGGUAAGCAGGUGGCAGCAGCGCGUUAGUUGUGUACCUGGUAUUGGUUUCAGUUUCUCGCACAUUUCUGAUACUGGUAACCUCUACAGGAAGUCUCACCGCACCGACCCUGUCACUACCGCUACGGAGGCUCAGUUCGCUGAUGACUCGGCAUUGGUCUCUACAUCAAGAGCUGGUGCUGAGGACGCAUUGGCAACCUUUGACAACACGGCGUCCGAAUUUGGCCUCGCGGUUAGUGCCACAAAGAUAAAGUUUUUGGUUGCUGGUGCUGAUGUGUCUGCUGCUGACCGCGUACCCCUCAGUCUAGCUGGUGUCGACAUUGUCUGUGCCACCGAAUUCAGGUAUCUGGGUUCGGUAAUUCACAGCGGCGGCCUUUCAUCCUGCGAUGUUGACUCCCGCAUUGCGAAUGCCUCCCGAGCGUGUGGCGCUUUGCAAAAGUCCAUCUUUGGCAACAAGCACCUUGACCUCCACAUCAAGAGUUGUGUGUUCAACGCCUGUGUCUUGUCGCUCUUGCUGUACGGUUCGGAGUGUUGGACGCCUCUUCAACGGGAUUUGCAGCGGCUCUCUGUCUUCCACCACCGAUGCAUCCGCUCGAUCAUGGGAGUGUCUCGCCAACAAUGCUGGGAUGACCACAUCACCAAUCACCAACUACGUGUGAGGUGGGGUGAUCCCGACACCAUCUACACGAAGGUGGAGUACCGCCGCCUUGAAUGGCUCGGACAUGUUGCUCGGAUGGAGGACCACCGGCUGCUGAAGCAAGUUCUCUUUUGCACGCUUCCGUCGCGUCGCCCAGCUCAUGGCCCUCGUCGGCGCUGGAAGGAUUGUAUUAUGUCUGACCUUCGUUCUCGCGGCCUCGAGGGGGAAUGGCGAGCUGAAUGCGAGUUGCGUUCCACCUGGCGCUCGGCGUACUCAGCACCAGUAGAUCCCCAGCAUCCCCCCCCCCCUCCCGUCAUCUGCUACACCUGCGAUCGACAGUUUGCACGCCUCAGUGAUCGCGCAGGCCACAAGUGUAAGGUUGAGCGUGCAAAGCCGGUUGUGGAGCAGAAAAGGUGCAUGCCAGUGUGGAGAGUGUGGCCGUUGGCUGAAGUCCAGUGA